UUGAUGAAGACUACAGACCCCAAAGUCUUCAAAGGUUAUAUCAAUUCCCUAACACCGUACGGAGGUGGAGAUACUCCAGAAAUGAGUCUUUCAGGACUUCAGCUGGCUCUAACUGGCUCUCCUCCUAAUUCUGAGAUCUUCCUCUUCACUGAUGCGCCUGCCAAAGAUGAAUGUCUGAAGAACACAGUGAUUGCACUGAUAGAGCAGAGCAAGACAGUCGUGAACUUCAUGAUAACCAACAUACCAGGGCUCCGUCGUCGCAGAGAAGCUAAUGAAAACCAACAGCAACAGCAGAACCAGCGGGUGGUGAGGUCAGAUUCUCAGCUGUACAGAGAUCUGGCUCAGGCUUCAGGAGGACAAGCUAUUCAAGUUUCCAAAACUCAGCUGCUCCAGGCUACCAGCAUAAUCACAGAGUCCACAAGCUAUUCUCUGGUAUUAAUACAUGCUCUCAAUAUUUGCAGCAGCUAAUUCUAUUGUACAUAAAAUGUCCAUCUGUCCCUUUUGUUCAAUUUGUAUCCCAGGUGACCCUUCUGCAAGCAAAUAGAAAUUUUGGGAAGGCGGAAAAUUACACUUUCAUUGUGGAUGAGACAUUAACUAAUCUGAUCAUUUACAUCACUGGAAGCUCUGUCAACUACACGCUUGUCAAUCCUUCAGGUGACGGUUUUGAUCAAUUAAAGUUACAUACAUUCUUUUUUAAUUUCAUAGGUGAUCCAAUCACACUUCAAAAUUAAAAAAAAAAUCUUGGCACAUUUUGGCGGCAGCACUGAGAUCUGUGUCUUGAAAAAAAUAACUAAAAGUGAUUCAUA